AUGUCGAAUUUUGUGGAUAAAUCUUGGAUGCGUAUAACAGACAUUUAUAGCCCAGAAUACAGAGAAGGGGUUAGAAAAUUCAUUGAUUUUGCAAUGAAAAAUGGUACUUGUGCAAAAACGUGUGCUUUCCCUUGUAGGAAGUGUGAAAAUAGACAUCCACUUGGAUUCUCCAUUGUUAGGACCCAUCUGUAUGAGCAUGGUGUCGACAAGACAUACACCACCUGGAGCUUACAUGGUGAGAGAAAGGAUGGUUCUUCAACAAGUCGUUCUAAGGGAAAGGUCGUAGUCGAAGAAACUCCUGAUAAGCAAUCAGAUUGUUUGAAUUUGAAUGAUUUUAUUGACCUUUCCUUUGGUAUUCAUCAUGACCAUGAUGGAACACAUAUUGGAGAAUCACCCUUAGAAUAUCCAGAUCUCGAGAAGUGUUAUAAUAGGUACAAACCGUUAGCAACAGAGAAGUUAUACCCUUCAUGUGAAGACAAUCUCACAAUCCUCUCUGCUAUGGUAGAACUGCAUAAUAUGAAGAAAACUUAUAAAAUUUUGGGUAACUGUGUCAACAGUUUGUUGGAUUUGUUAAUAGAGUGGCUUCCGAAACCUAACAAGUUUCCCAAAAACUAUGAUGCUAUGAGGUCAAUGCUUAAGGAUCUGAGGAUGAAAGCGAAGGCUAUUCAUGCCUGUGAGAAUCAUUGUAUUCUAUAUUACGAGGAGAAUGAGGAUUUAAUAGAGUGUCCGGUAUGCAAAAAUUCGAGGUUUAAAUUGAAAUCUACAAAAGAUGGUACUGUGGUGACAAAUGAACCUUGCAAAGUGCUGACAUACUUUCCUGUAGACGAAAAACUAAGGAAAAUGUAUUCUCUACCUUGGAUAUCAGACGCAAUGUUGUGGAACGAUCGAGCACAAGUUUCAUCUGAAUAUAUGCGUCAUCCAAUCAAUUCAUCUCAGUGGGAAAGGAUGAAAUUGAAGUUUUCGUUGUUUGCCGCGGAAGGAAGAAAUGUUUGCCGCGGAAGCAAGAAAUGA